AUGGCUAACUCAAGAUUCGAAUACGUGAAGCAAUUCGAAAGAGAGAACUUUCUUCUACCGGAAACCCACAUCGUUAUUCGUGUAGAUGGCAAAGGGUUCCAUAAGUUCAGCGCUCAUUAUGGUUUCGACAAACCUAAUGAUAUCAGAGCUCUUAAUGUCAUGAACAGAGCCGCCCAAGCCAUUGUGGCCCAGUUCCCCGAUAUCCAGAUGGCAUACGGUGAUUCAGAUGAGUAUCUGUUCUUGCUUCGGCGCACUUGUGAGCUAUUUGAGCGUAGAGAGAUGAAGUUGGUCUCGACAUUUGCUCUGUUUAUGCUGGUAUACUACGUAAUGGAGUGGAAUAGGGAAUUCCCGGAGAAGCCCUUGGUGAUAGAGAGGCUACCGACAUUUGAUGCUCGCGCCGUUGUUUAUCCAAAUGCACAGACUGUACGAGACUAUUUUUCGUGGCGACAAGUUGACUGUCAUAUCAACAACUUGUACAAUACGACUUUCUGGAAGUUGAUCGAGAAGUGCGGAAUGACGGGCCAGGAAGCCGAGAAUUACUUGCUGGGCACCGUUUCUAGCGAUAAGAACGAAAUCCUUUUCUCGAAAUGUGGGAUCAAUUACAACAACGAGCCAGAAAUUUUCAAGAAAGGUACUGUGAUUGUGAGAGAGUAUAAGGAGGAAAACCAUGUGGAGCUGCCCUCAGAGAGACAGAAACAGCGUAUCGCCAAAGCUCGCAAAAAAGCACAAAUUUCUGUUUUGCACGUGGACAUUAUCAAGGGCGACUUUUGGUCGCAGAGACCCUGGCUACUUGAGUAG